AUGCCGGUGAAGGUUAUCCCGGCUCCCACAACAUCAGACACCCCUAUGCUGGUUUCCGCUCACUGCAGCAGUAAGAGAACUUCCAAGAUGGCGGAUGCACUAGGCAUGCAAGCAGGCACUACUAAACAGUUCCAGGGGGCUCUCCUUAACUCAGUGGAACGAUUCUUGCUGCGACUUGAUAAAGCUUUCACAUGGUUCCGGACAGAACUAGAGAUUCGCAUGGCGACUACUAAGAGACAACCCCAAGAGGGAGAUGGGAAGUGUUAG